GCUUGCUGCAAUCGACCACAGCAAGCGACAAUUCUUGCUACCUCCUCUUUUUCGUCCUCAUCGUCAUCGACGACGUCGACAAACAUUAUUUACAUCGUCCAAGUCGUCAAGCCCAUUCGACCGACUAGAAUUAGUAACUGACCCCUAGUGCUCAAACUUCUCACUGUAGUCAGUUACUGAUCGAAUUGAUCGCGAUGCCAGCGCCAGUAGCGAUGUACGUCGUUGCAGCUAUCGCAGGUGCUGCUGCUGUUUUUGCUUUUAAUGAGUUCGUCUUCGAACCUCACAUCGCCCCUGCCAUAGAGCGUUGGGCAGAGGACUUCAUUGCCAGGCGUCGUGCUCGACGCGAAGGUGCUGUUCCUGUGCCAUCCACCAGAGGAUCUGGGGAUGGAGACUCGGGUCCCAGACGUGCUGAUCCGAAGAACAGGGCUCCUGCGAGAGAAGAAGAUCCCAUCGAACUGGAAGGCCUCAACCUCGGCCUCGUCGACGAAUGGCGAAAUAAUGUACAUCACACCGCCCAAGGCACGGGUGUGAGGCGGAGAGUCAGAGUAGUUCCUGAUACAGAAGGGAGCAUAUCCACCUCAAUAGAUGAUUCCUUUCCAUCCCUCACGCACACUCCGCUCGCACCCACUCACGUCAUCUCCAACGUCUCCUCCCCUUUCACAGAAACGCUAACUGUAUCUACCAGCACGCCCAACCGUGCUCACUCUCGAGCCUCUUCCCACACCGCAAGUGACGAUAACACUACUAUUUUUUUCGCCCCAUCUUCCCAGUCUUCUUCUCCCCCUCCUAGCCCGCCAUUUGGCCCCAUCCUCCCCGACACUCCCCGCACAAGCGCUGCCUACACCGCCCGCCCAUUUUCCCCGGUUGUGCGCACGCCCGUGCGCUCCCGCACACAGUCGAGCUGGUCUUUGCACCACUCGGAUAGGAAUUCGCGUGUUAGGAUGAAUGUGCAAGGCAGACGUGUAGACGUCGGCGUCGAGGACGAACAUGACAAUAUCAAUAUCAACAGCAACACCAGUGCGAGUAUGCACGAGAAUAUGAGCGGGAACAUCAGCGUUGUGGAAUCACUAUCAGAACGUUACCCCGCUGCGCCCACUCCGCCUGUCUUGCUCUCCCCGCCUUUAUCACACAGUGUCCUCUCCUCCCCAAAUACAGACAUCCUGAGCCUUGGGAGCAGUGGUAGCCGCUCUGGCUCACCAUUCGCCGUACUCUCCCCACCCGAGCAGCGCGCGUCGCUCUCAGGUGCUGCGAGCUCUCUGUCGCCCUCGAUAACGAGCGAGGAUGAGUUUAUGUCGUUCGGCGAGGAGUCAGACGCGGAUGGGGAAGAAAUGCCGGUGCCGCGAAGCGGAAGUACGCGUUUGCAUAACCCUUUUUCAGACUUUGAAGAGGGGAGUGAUUUUGAUAGUGGCAGUGAGGGGAGCUGGGGCCGGGUGAGUGCUAGUCGGGGCUGAUCCGAUCACGUCCUCUUGCCGGAUUAUCAGAACUGGAACGAUGGUCAAAUAGCGCACGUGUGGUAUCGGGGGAGGGUUCUACUCAGUAUACACGGGGUUUGUUAGUGCAGUAUUUAUGUGUUCUUUUCCCUUUGUCUCUCUAUCUGGUUCUCUAUUUUGCUCUCGUUUUGUACUCGUCUUGUUCUGUCGCUCUCAUAAAUUUAUGUUGUACAUCAUUCCACAUUUCGAACACUACAUGCAAAUCAGA